AUGAAGUUUUUCGAGUCACAACACCAUUUCGAUUACCCGUGGAACCAAGUGACCGCCGCCAACUGGCGCAAGUACCCCAACGAGAUGGCCCCGCACGUCGUGCUGGUGGACGUGUUGUCUCGCAGUGUCGACCCCAAAUCCAAAGUAUUGCGGACUGAGCGAUUGAUUGGGUGUAAACAGGGGGUGCCGCGAUGGUUACUGAUCAUCGUUGGUGGCCAGGAGAUGUCGUACGUGCGGGAAGUUUCUGAAGUGGAUUUGACCAACCAGACUUUAGUGAUGAAGCUGAGUAACAUGACGAUGAACCACUUGUUAUUAGUCAACGAGACCGUCAUUUAUCGACCUGACCCUGACUUCCCCGAAGGUCGUACUUUAUUCCAACAGCAUGCUGAGAUCACGGCCUACGCCUCGAUCCUGCGAUUAUGUGAUAAGAUUGAGAAAUGGGCGGUGGAGCGGUUUGGCCAGAACGCCGCCACGGGCAAACUUGCCUUUGAAGGCGUGUGUGACAAGUUGUGUCAGAAGUGGAACGAGCUGGAGAAGUUGGUGACCGAGGUCGCCGACGACGUCUCCAAUGUCGCCGGCGGCAUCGUCAACCAAGUGAGACAAUUGGGGUGGAUCAACAACCACUAA